AUGUGGAUCUUGGACUCGGCUGGGGAUUUUCUGAGCGGGAAGCGGUUAUGGCUGCGUCCCGGGAAGCAGUAUCUCUUUGGGCGCAUCCUGGUGGAUGACGUUCGUCAUGCCAUUCCGAAUAAGUCGAUCUCUCGAAAACAUAUGCUUAUCGAAGUGUCCAGUGUUGAACCCCGCGAUGGAACCCGGACACACUCGAGGACGAAGAUCUCAAUAACAGAUCUCGAUUCCAGUCGAGGUACUGUGGUGAAUGGCGAAAAGAUCAAAGGCAAGCAUGCACUUGCAGGAGAUGAACACAGCAUCUUGCUUGGGCACUAUCCACAUGCCUUGCGAAUCAAAUGGCAGCCAGUCGUCCUCAGCUUCUCGUUUUCAUCCAAGGAGAUGAGGGUGGAAGAUCCUUUGGCCAAAGUCCGUGCUCGUCUCGAGAGCCUCGACAUUAAAACCAUCAUCCCUUACCUAGUCGGCCAAACAACACACGUCGUGCAGAGCAAACGAAAUACGGCCAAGGGACUCCAGGCCCUGAUCAACGGCAAAUACAUUGUCCAGAACUCCUAUAUUGACGCGCUCGUCUAUGCGACUACUCCCAGUGACCUGGAGAAUGACGCAUCCGCGUCUCCGCUGGAAAUUGAUUUCGACUCUGCCUGGCCAGACCCAACGGAACACCUCCCACCCGCGGGUAACGAGCCGAUCAGUCGUCCUGCGGCGGCGUUUGCACCCAAUCCGUCGCGUCUGAAUGUCUUUGAAGGGUAUACGUUUGUGUUCGGAGACCCUUCUCAAUUCGAGAAUUUGCAAGCGGCGAUCAACAAUGGGCAGGGCAAGGCUUUGAUCUACCAAAUUAAAGAUGGUGAAACUACAGCGGAAGAAAUAGUACAAUUCAUGAGGUCGGCUGCUGGUCACAAAGGCGUUGGUGCGGAGAGAGAGGAAGCGGGCGGCGUCGUGCUUGUCCGGUUCCGUUCCAAAGGAGAAUUCGAGCCCUGGUCUAUCGACCUGGGUAAUGAAGUUGCCUUGAUGACAGACCAGCGAGUCAUCGAGCAACGUGAGUUCUUGGAUGCCAUUUUGGGCAAUGACGCCUCCCCGCUUUGUCGCCCACUUCCUCGCGAGGAAGGAGAGACCCAGACUUCUACUCCAGCAGUGCCUGAGCCGUCAAGAAAGCCCUCUACUGAUCAGCCCGUCUCAGUAUCUCCGCCUUCUGAAGAAGCUGCCCCAGCCACAACCCAAAGACCUGCUCCACGGGCACGCAAGUACGUGAGCAAGAUGAAGGCUUUCGACGACGGCUUUGAUAUGGAAUCCGUCCCUGUUUAUACUCCCGAUGAUGAUGGGCAAGAUAUACCCGCUACUCAAGCCAUGGACCUGGAGCCCAUACAGCCCGAUGAACCCAGUCAGGCCGUCAGCACGGUAGAAGAUCAGGAGGAGAAUGAUGCUGUUGCAGAUUUACUGCCUGGUGCACGAGCUAUGAAGCGCCGCCGCGCAGAAAUGGGCGAGGAUCGGCAAGGAAGCAUCGACGCGCGCGUGAAAUCGGAAGCCACUCCAAAGCCGAAACGCGCAAAACUGGAUGUCAGAGAAGCUGCACGAAAACACCGCCAAGAGGAAGAGGAGGAGCAACAGCGACAGGCUGAGGAAGAUCGUCACCUGUCUCAGGAUGUGGAUGUUGAAAAAUUGCGGAAUCUUGCCAUCGUGGAAGAGAUGGACAUCCCUGUGCGAGAGCCCGUUGUACGAGAGCACGAGAACUCCGAUCGAUGGGACGAUCGAUGGAAUGGCCGCAAGAAUUUCAAGCGAUUCCGACGAAAGGGCGAACCACUACAUGCUCGCCAACGCAUUCAGAGCGUGAUCGUUCCGCUGGAAGAGGUCACUCGCAAGGACUUUGGCAUCGGAGAACACUACUGGGUUAGCACCAACAAGACUCCCGAGGUGAGCCAGAGCACCGACCACGAAGACCGAGAACUCCGGCAACCCUCAACGCGCGAGGAUCGUGCCGCAUCUCGAUCUGAAGUGUCGAUUCAGCCCUCGGCGACUCCAGAUCCGGCCCCUGAAUCACAAUCUGCACCAUCUCGUAGUCGCAGUCAGAAGCGGCCACGAGAGACUCGGGGCUCAGACAGUGAUGAAGAGCCUCGAUUCAGAUUCAGACGCAAACGGUAG